UUAGUCACGGGAUAGUGUAGACAACUUAUAGUAAGGAGAGACCAUGAUGAGUGGAACUAGCUGCUCCAACAUCAAUCCCCAUACCUUGUCUGGCUUAAAGCCAAAUGGGCACCAAGUGAGCGGGAGUGGAAGCGACAGGGGCUGUUACUUCCAGAUGCCUCUUCACUAUCCAAGGUAUCGAAAAACCGACUAUGAGACCAUGCCCGAGUGGAAACUCGACUGCCUGCUCACUCAAUAUGGUCUGCCUGUCACCGGAGACCUCACCCAAAAGAGAAAGUUUGCCAUGGGAGCCUUCCUUUGGCCUUCUCAGAACGAAUGAAAGUCCACGACUGAUCACUACCCUACUCAAUAAUUUCUUGUGAAUAUUAUAGCAUUAUAUAUAUGUAAGUGUGCGCUAGAGUGCAUGUAUGUUAGCAUAAGAUGAUGGUCUUGUAUGAGCUUUGCCUUAGUAUUAUUGAGUGUCUGUAUGGUUCAAUCAUCUAAUGUUCAUUCCACCAUUCAGCAAUGUAACAUAUUAAAGAAACUAGUGAUUAAUAGAAGUGAUGAGUUCCAAUUUGUAGUGUGUA